AUGCAUCUCAUUCUCACUGGUGCAACUGGGCUCAUUGGCUCGAGCGUCCUAGACGCCAUGCUCAGAAUGACAGAGGUCACGAAAAUAUCGAUCCUCAGUCGCAGGCCAGUCGCCAUGGCGGAAGACACCAAAGAUCCUAGGGUCAAUGUCAUCAUCCAUCAAGAUUUUUCAAGCUACGAUUCAGAAGUACUCAGCAAGCUUCAAGGCGCCAGUGGUGCAGUUUGGGCCCUCGGCGUGAGCCAAACGAAGGUAUCCAAGGAAGAAUUCGUCAAGGUCACAAAGGACUAUCCUCUUGCAGGGGCAGAGGCAUUCUCGACGCUUGCACCAAACAACGGUCCGUUCCGAUUUGUGUUUGUGUCCGGCCAAGGCUCAACCCAGACCCCUGGUCGUUUCGCCAGCCUGUACAGCAGAACCAAGGGCGAGGUUGAAGCUGCGCUGUCUCAGAUGCGCAUCGGGAACCCUCGCUUGUUGGCAGACGCGGUGGGACCUGGCUUUGUCGACAGCAAGAACCACGCGGCAAUCCAGCCGUAUCUCCCGAACCAAGGUGUGUUUAUCGACGGGACCAAGAUGCUGUUGAGGAAGCCGGUCGAGGUCGGUGCCAAGUGGCUGCAUUGUCCGAGCGAGCCAAUGGGACGGUUUUUGGUGGGCAUGGCUUUGGGCAAGUACGAAGCUCGGUUGCAAGCGGGAGACGUCGAGUUCGAGACGUUGAAUGGCGGCCUGAGGAUCAUCAAGAAUGUUGCGAUGAAACAGUUGGUUAGCCAGGAGGAUUAG